CCUGAUUCGGUGGACAAUUGGCACAGUCGAUACUACACAGAACACGAAAAGAAGAACAACACAACACCCAGUCACUCACUAGAGGCACCGGGCACGUGUUCUUUGUUUUCCGGUCAUCGGAGACUCGCCGGAGGAAUGGAGGACCCAAACUCCGAUGAGGGUCUGCCACCAGGUUGGCAAGUUGAAGUGAAGGUGAGAAAGAAUGGCAAGAGAUCAGACAAGUACUACAUUUCCCCCUCAAGUGGACUAAAGUUCAAUUCCAAGGCAGAGGUACUUCGUCAUCUUGAGAGCGCGAACAAAGUCAGCAUCCAGAGAAUCUCAGAGAAUGUUGUAGUUGAGAAACGUCCUGCAGAAGGAUUACCACCAGGAUGGAUAAAAAAGACCAGAAUCACAAAUAAAGGAGAUAAAAUAAGAAGAGAUCCGUUCUACAUUGAUCCUGUAAGUGGAUACACGUUUCGCUCCAUAAAAGAUGUUGAUCGCUACCUGGCAUCUGGAAAGAUAGGAAGGAAUGCAUUCAAGUCAAAAGACAACGACAAAGCUAUUAUGGUGUUAAAAGAUGAAAAAUUCUCUGCAAGGAUGCCCAAGAAAGAGAACAUCAAUUUGCCUCGCCGUUCGUCCAAGCGGCUUGCUGGAAUUAAGGCUGAUCCUAUUCUGGAACAUAAAACAAGAAAUCAGGUGCAUAGAUCUCCAGUUAAACAACCUGGUGAGGAAGAAACCACCACAGAUGGAGAUAAAUCCACUAACAGCUUUCCUAAUUGUCUGGAAAAACGGUUUAAGUCACUCGAGGAAGUCUCAGAAAUCAAGUGCAAAUCCGACAACACCGAAAAUACAAUUGAGUUACUGAAGCUGACUACUCCAGAAAAGCAUCCUGUUAAGAAGGCAAAACAGUUUAAGUCACUCGAGGAAGGGUCAGAAAUCAAGUACAAGUCCGACAACACCGAUAAUACAAUUGAGUUACCGAAGUUGACUACUCCUGAAAAGCAUCGUGUUAAGAAGGCAGAACAGUUUAAGUCACUUGAGGAAGGGUCAGAAAUCAAGUGCAAAUCCGACAACACCGAUGAUACAAUUGAGUUACCAAAGUUGACUACUCCAGAAAAGCAUCCUGUUAAGAAUCUUGAAGUGCAUAGAAGUGACAAGGAUCAAGAAUGCUUAUCUAUUUUGAGUGUCCCUGAAAAUGGAGAUAAGGUUGAUGCAAAGUUAGGUUCCAACCCUGACUUUCCCCUCAAAGAAAUAUUAUCAGACCCAUGUAUUGCAUUUGCAAUACAAACUCUCACUGGAACAACAUGUGAAGCCUUCAAAGACCCUCUAAUUUCUUCAGAAUUGAAAAAAAGCCAGCACUCUGAAACUUCUGGAGCUUCUGCUGAAAGGCAUGGUAAGAAAAUCAAUGUGCCGGGGGAGGUUUCGCCGAAACUUCCAUCUCCAGAAGGCUUUGCUGUUACACAAGAACAUGCUGGCGUUGCCAAAAAUGAUCAUAAGACCAAAGAAAAUGCAGGGUCAGCUUGUGAAAAGACACUUGAUACUUCAUUGAUGGAUCCAUGUAUCGAAUUUGCAAUCAAAACUCUCACUGCAACCAUCCCAGUAGACUGUGAUCAAAAUCCUAAGAACUACAUUCAACAGCAACUCAGCUCAUCAAAUACACAGAAGCCAAAGUUUAAACAGUCUUUUGUGGAUCCAACACUGCAGCACACCAGAAAUAUUGUCAUAGGAAAUUCUGCUGGAGCCAGACACACCCGCUUUCGUAAAAACAGAAGGAAUGUUUGCUAGAACCAACUCAACUAACAUAAGAUUGUACAGUUAGGAAGCUUUGUAAAUAGGUAUCCCCAUGAAGCCUUUAGCCAACUUCCUUUUGUUGGUCUUUUGGUAUGUGAUCCUGUAAUAUGGUCCUGUGUUUUGUUGUAAAAUAUGUUUCACAGGCCAUCAGCUAGUUUGCAAUCUUCAUGUACCUGUAAGCUAGACUGCAGAACUGAUGUCUAAUCUUAAGGUAGACUUGUGUAAAAUCUUUCCUAUUUUCA